AUGAGUGAAGAAAAACAGCCCGACGAUAAGAACGAUAUUGAUCAUGCUACUACUACGAUGAUCGCUGAUGAAAAGAAGCUACUUCGAAAGAUACAGCUUUGCACGAUCCCUUUUAUAUGCCUUGUAUUUUUUAUUGAGUACAUUGAUAAAAUAUCGUUUGGCUUGUCCGGUGUGCUUGGCAUACUUGAAGGCACGCAUAUUACACAUGAUCAAUUUGGUCAGCUGGGCACCAUGUUUUAUGUUGGCUUUCUUGUUUUUCAGAUCCCAAACAGCUAUUUGUUACAACGAUUACCUACAUCAAAGUAUUUGGGCACGGUGAUUACUCUUUGGGGAGUUACCUUGGGUUGUAUGGCCCUGGCACGGAAUUAUGCACAAUUAGCCGCCAUGCGCUUCAUUUUGGGAGCGCUCGAGUCCGUGAGCUAUCCUGCUCUCUAUCUGGUGAUUACCACAAUGUAUCGACGCUCCGAACAAGUGACAUUUUUUGGAUUGGGAUACGUAUCAGGUUGCAUUGCCGCCCCAGUGGGAGGAUUGGUAGCUUUUGGUAGCGGCCAACUUUAUGCAUCGCAUCUCUCAAACAUCCCUGGCUGGAAGUGGAACAUGAUCAUUCUCGGCAGCGUCACCGUAGUGCUUGGUGUUUGUAUAUUUACCUUUCUUCCUGAUAAACCCACGUCAAGAUGGCUUCGUCUUCAACCACACGAGUAUCCUAUUGUAGCGGCUCGGACACAUGACAAUGGCGUUGUUGCAAAUAGAAAGCUUCAAUGGUCCCAUGUCAUUGAAUCGAUACAAGAACCACGUUUCUACUGCUAUCUGGCCGCUGUGACAUUGGGUAACGUUCAAAACGGCUGCUUGCAGAUAUUUGCAUCCAUGUUAAUCAAGGAAUUGGGAUUUACUGGUCUUGAUGCCACUCUGCUACAAAUCCCUCUUGGUGUAUUCAAUGGGAUCUUAGUUGUUGUCUUGUCAAAAGUAUCUCGAAGAACAGGCGAGAUCCAUUAUGUCGGCAUUCUCGGCACAACCAUCUCGCUUAUUGGUGCAAUCAUCCUUUGUGCAUUACCCAAUGGCCCAGUAAAGUUACUCGGUGUCUACCUGGGUCCCAAUGUCUUUAUAAAUGUUUUCUCACAAGCUUCCAUCUCCUCCAAUAUAAAAGGAUCAACAAAAAAGAUCCUGUAUACCAGCAUCAACAUUAUAGGAUAUGGCUUGGGCCAUCUCUUGGGUCCGCUCAUGAUGGUGGAGAGCCAGCAACCACGCUAUAUUUUGCCGCUCAUAGGUUACAUCAUCGCCGACAUUAUAAGCAUUGCAUUGGUCUGGUACUUACGGUGGUCCUUUAAACAAGAAAAUAGAAAGAGAGAAACGAUGCAAGGCGCAUGGACGCCUUCAUCAUCCGAUAAUGAAGAGCAAGAUUUAACAGAUAAACAAGAUCUUUACUUUAGAUACAAGCUAUAA